AAAGAAGAAACAUGGCGGCUGACGAGGACUCGGAGGAUUAUUUUGUCAGAGAAAUAGAGAAAAAUGACGGGUCUGUUUUGAGAAUGUAUCAGUGCAGUAAAGGAGACGUGGGUUGUGUCGUGUGGGAUGCUGCUAUUGUCCUGUCAAAAUACCUCGAAACGGAACAGUUUUGCAGUAUUGGGUCCGGUGUGAGUAUGUGGUCCUCAAAGAACAUUAUUGAACUGGGUGCAGGAACAGGACUCGUGGGUCUCGUGGCUGCAUCUCUAGGGGCAAAUGUUGAUGAUUUUCUACCUCAUCCUCAUUACAUUCUGAUGGCUGACUGUAUCUACUACGAGCAGUCUGUGGAGCCACUAGUGGAGACUCUGAAACUCUUGGCUGGACCAGAGACGUGUAUCAUCUGCUGCUACGAGCAACGCACUGUUGGUGUCAAUCCUGAGAUAGAGAAGAGGUUCUUUGAGCUGCUACUGCAAGACUUCCAGUCAGAGGAGAUCUCGUCUGAGAAACAAGACCCCGAGUUCAACAGUCCCGACAUUCACAUUCUCCACCUGCGGCGAAGAGUCAGCUGAACGACUUUUGUGCUCCAGUGUUUGAAAUAGCGUGAAGGGGUUGUGUGUUUUUGCAUUUUAGUGGACGCCGUUAUUAUUAUUCUGUUAAACUGCCUAUGCUGGCUAAUGACUAUUUAAUGUAAUGAUUUUCUUUAUAAUGGAAAUUAUAAAGGCCAUAUAAAGAUUUCCUUAAAGGGAUAGUUCACCCAAAAUUGGAAAAUCUGUCGUUAUUUACUCUCCAUUCACUUGUUCAAAACCUGUUUAAGCUCCUUUCUUCUGUUGAACACAAAAGAAGACGUUUUAAAGAAUGCUGAAAACCUGUAACCAUUGGCUUCCAUGGCUUGUGUUUCUCUUACAAUUGAAGUCAAUGGUUACAGGUCUUCAGCUUUCUUCAAAAUAUCUUCUUUUGAGUUCAGAAAAUUAUAAACAAGCAUUUUUUUAUAGAGUAUUUUUUUAAAUAAGCUAUGCCUUUAACAAGUCUUUUCAAGCUCAAAGUUCUGUUAAAUUGUUCGUUAAACAGUCAAAUAUACAGCUCUUUGUGUGUUUGUGAUCAGUAAAUAAAACUAAAUCUAAAA